GUCCUGGGCGGGGCUCAGUUGGAGGCAGCCGUGGGCCGUUCUCCCUCUUCCAGCCGCGUCCGGCGGGCCGCCUCCGGGCUCUCCCUGACCGUUGGAGCCCGCGGGGCUUCCUCCCGUGCAAGCGCACCCAGAGCCCAAAGCACCGCCGCCCUCCCAGCUGGCCUGGCCCGGUGGCCACUCCCUGCGCGCCCGGCCCGCCUCGCCCUCGAGGAGGAGCCGCGCCUGGACCUCCCGGCCGCCUUCACGGACCACUGGAAGGGCAUCACCCACUACUACCUGGAGGCCACCGAUGAAAACAAACCAGCAAAAGAGACGGACAUCCCCUGGCGCUUGAAACAGAUGCUAGACAUCCUGGUGUAUGAGGAGAAGCAGCAGCAGCCAUCAGGCGAGACUGGACCCUGCUUGGAGUACUUGCUUCAACACAAAAUCUUGGAGACCCUCAGUACUCUGGGAAAAGCGGAGUACCCCCCAGGAAUGAGGUCUCAUGUGCUCUUGUUCUUCAGUCGCUUGCUGGGACAAAUGCAGUGCCCUUUGCUGCAUUAUCUGAACGUGUACAGGCCUGUCCAGAAACUGCUUCACCAUGGGAGCGAUGCGCUUGGCUCUGAGCCUGAGAAGGAAAUGGUGCAGUUUGUUGCUGUCCUCUGUACCAAGAUCAGACAGGAGCCUGCCCUGCUUCCCUAUGUCCUUGAGGGCAAGAGUGUGGCAAGUGGGCAGACAGUGGAUCAGGCCUUCCAGUCUCUGGAAGCCGCAGCUGAGCCUGUCCUGGACCCUCUCCGGUCCCUGCCCACUCCUGUGGAGCAGGACAGAGGGCUGUGUCCAGAUGAAGCUUCUCGUGGGGAGCCACUCACAGAACCAGCCGCAUCUGCAUCGAACCUGGUGACCGCUCUGAUCAGAUUAUGCAAGAGUAAGAAGAGGAAGGUUGCCCUAAAAGCUCAGGAGAAUCUACUGCUGCUCACUGGCAUUGAUGACCCAACAGCUGCCCGGGCUCUGGCUCGAGACGGCGUGCUGUGCCUCCUGGUGGCUGACCAUCUCUGCACACUCUACGACACUGUCCCAGCUACUGUCAACCCUGCUGAUGUUGCCACGCUUCCGCCUGUUUGCUGGAGGCUUCAGGGCAGCUCUCUCGAGGAGAAUGCCUUUCCAGGACAACCCAGCCUGGAGGCUUUCUUUGGCUGGCUCGAUCUCUGUGACUGUCUUGUGAAAGAGGCCCACCCGGUUGUUGCAGGCGCCAUCAGUGAGACGGUGGCUCAGAGGUUCCUCCUGGGGAAGCUGCAGCCUCAGCUCCUGCAGAUAUCAGAACGUGGCAUCCUCUUCUCGACGGCUGUCCUGACUGGCUUGGCAGGACAGAUACACGCUCCUGCCCUCCUCCGGAAAUUGGUUGGGUUUGUGUUGGGGACCAAGGGGGAGUCUGCAGUGCCGGAGGACCCAGAGCAGCAGCAGCAGCACCUUCUCUACCGCCACCUGGUAGAGCACUGCAACCACUUGUCUGACGAGAUCAGCAUUGCCACCUUGAGGUUGUUUGAGAAGCUGCUUUGCCUUCCCGAUCAACGCGUCGUACAGAACCUGGUUUUGUGCCACCUGGAGGAGCGCAGCUACAUCCUGAGAAGCCCAUUUGGGCAGGAGGAGCCUGUUGCCCGUGAGGAAGAGCAGCCCUGCGAGGAUGGCCUCAGAGAACUAGAAGAGGAUCCGUACUUCGGAGAUGGAUUCCCAGGCACCAGCUUCCAGGUCUCCACAAAGCCUGUCACUCCCGCCCGAAAGCUGCAUGGGCAGCCAGAGGGAAACGUGGGCGCGAAGCAGAUCGUCAGUAGCUUCCUCUGCCUGGUUCCUAGUGAAGCGAAGACCUCAGUCUACCUGGAGGAGGCAGGAUAUGACACCUAUGUCCAUGAUGCUAGUGCUCUGUUUAAGGAAUGUUGUGCCAAGGCCUCCCACUGGGACUGGCCACAGGCUUCCCGGCCCUUGGAGAGCUGCAUGGGCAGUACCUGCUUUCAUGAAGGCCCUUUCCUGAAAGUCCUCUUUGACCGUCUGAUGCACAUCCUUGACCAGCCCUAUGCGGUCAACCUGCAGGUGACGUCCGUGCUGUCCCGCCUGGCCCUGAUCCCUCACCCACACCUCCACGAGUACCUUCUGGAUCCCUACUUGCCCCUGGGCCCCGGCUGCAGGACCCUCUUCUCCGUGCUGAUCAGGGUGAUUGGAGACCUGAUGCAGAGAGCCCAUCGGAUACCAAACUUCGCCACCAAUUUGCUGCUGGUCCGGAGAUGGUUAAUGGGACUGGUCCCCAAAGGACAGCAAGAGAUCAGCCAUCAGACACUCCUGGAGGGGGUGGUUGUACUUGAGGAAUUCUGCAAGGAGCUGGCUGCCAUCGUCUUUGUCAAGAGCAUGCCGGAGGUCCCCGCCUGACCCUCCAUCUGCGCCACACAGGCAGCGGCGCACAAAGACCAGAAGACCAAGGAGCUCGCAGAUCCACAACGGGCCAGGUCCCUUGCAUUCCCAGCCUCUCAAGGGAUGCCUGGACAGCUAGUGUCUAGCAAGAGCACUCGUGGCAACCACUGAGCCCUUCGCGCCUGGACAGCAGCAGCAGCAGCAGCGACCGAUUGUCACCAUGGGAGGAGGGCAGAAGCAGUCCUCAUGCACCAGGCCGCCUCUCUUGGAGCCCCACCCCAACUCCUAGGGCAAAAGUCCUGGAAAGUGGUUGGGCUCUGCUGCCCCCUAAGGCAAUGUGGACAGAGCCACUUCUCUUUCAACCCCUCCCUCCCAGAAAGCACUUGCGUGGACCAAAGUCUGUGUGAGCUUCCAUCGUCGUUCAGAGUAGACUUGGCUCCCUCCUUCCGAGCCACAGCCUUGCCUGCCACCAUGGGCUGUUCUGCAGGGAGUCUGAUUGUCAGAUGCUCAGUGGCUCCUCCUGGACCCCCCCCUCCUCCUGUCAAUGUGCCGGGUUUGGCGGGGGGGGGAGGUGUUUUGGUAGCUGGAUUAUUUCAUUUAAUGGUGUUUGGCAAUGGGAAGGGGGGGUCUUUUUACUAGACGUGACUGGGCUUAUGGUUGGCUAUCUCUACGCUCUGUGGAGAAAAUGGCCAGACCAAGAAGGGAACGAGCCAUAAGCCCACCAGCCACACUCGCUCUUGACUGUGGCUGAAGCUCUCUUCGGCUCCUCUUGCCUAGUGGAUCCGCCAAGGUGCAGCAUAUUCCCAAAGAACCUUUUCUGUCUGUUUUGACUUUAUGCUCCCACAAAGAGUCUGCCUUCCUCCUCUCAGCUGCAUACUAACCCCUUAAAUGCCACCUUUUGACCAAGGAGCCACCCUCAGAGAAGCCAGCUGCGCCUGCCUGCCUCCCCACACGCACCACCCCCAGGCACAGCAUCCUCUUUGUGGGAUUUUUGUCCAAAGGUGCUUUAAAUGCAAUGCAGGGGAAGAGAGGAAGUGGCCCUCGGCAAGUCUGGACAACUUUUGGUAUCUACACGUUUGAUUCUUUGCUUUUAAGGGGACUUGUUUCUUACUUGGGCCUGAAAUAAAUAACAAACUAGUGAA